AAUGAAAGCAGAAUCAUAGACACAGGAGAAGAGGACAAAGAUACUCAGAGAGAAAAAGUAAAGGACAGAAGAAGGAGACUGGAGAGACCAGGAUCCUUCCAGCUGAACAAAGUCAGCCGCAAAACAGACUAGCCAGCAGGCUACAAUUGGAGUCAGAGUGCCAAAGACAUGGGCUUGUUAGAGUGCUGUGCUAGAUGUCUGGUAGGGGCCCCCUUUGCUUCCCUGGUGGCCACUGGAUUGUGUUUCUUUGGAGUGGCACUGUUCUGUGGAUGUGGACAUGAAGCUCUCACUGGUACAGAAAAGCUAAUUGAGACCUAUUUCUCCAAAAACUACCAGGACUAUGAGUAUCUCAUUAAUGUGAUUCAUGCUUUCCAGUAUGUCAUCUAUGGAACUGCCUCUUUCUUCUUCCUUUAUGGGGCCCUCCUGCUGGCUGAGGGCUUCUACACCACCGGCGCUGUCAGGCAGAUCUUUGGCGACUACAAGACCACCAUCUGCGGCAAGGGCCUGAGCGCAACGUUUGUGGGUAUCACCUAUGCCCUGACUGUUGUAUGGCUCCUGGUGUUUGCCUGCUCUGCUGUGCCUGUGUACAUUUACUUCAAUACCUGGACCACCUGUCAGUCUAUUGCCUUCCCUAGCAAGACCUCUGCCAGUAUAGGCAGUCUCUGCGCUGAUGCCAGAAUGUAUGGUGUUCUCCCGUGGAAUGCUUUCCCUGGCAAGGUUUGUGGCUCCAACCUUCUGUCCAUCUGCAAAACAGCUGAGUUCCAAAUGACCUUCCACCUGUUUAUUGCUGCAUUUGUGGGUGCUGCAGCCACACUAGUUUCCCUGCUCACCUUCAUGAUUGCUGCCACUUACAACUUCGCCGUCCUUAAACUCAUGGGCCGAGGCACCAAGUUCUGAGCUCCCAUAGAAAUUCCCCUUUGUCUAAUAGCGAGGCUCUAACCACACAGCCUACAGUGUUGUGUCUUAACUCUGCCUUUGCCACUGAUUGGCCCUCUUCUUACUUGAUGAGUAUAACAAGAAAGGAGAGUCUUGCAGUGAUUAAUCUCUCUCUGUGGACUCUCCCUCUUAGUACCUCUUUUAGUCAUUUUGCUCCACAGCAGGCUCCUGCUAGAAGUGGGGAAUGCCUGGGAAGGUGGUUCCCCAGCUGCAAGUCGCAGAGGAAUGAAAGCUCUAAUUGAUUUUGAGAGCAUCUCCUGAAGACCAGGGUGUGCUUGCUUCUCAGAGGGCACUUCCACUGAGGAAAACAGAAUGGAAAGAUUCCCAGGUAGAGAGCAGGGAUGUCCUUGGUCUUCUUGCCAUCAGUAGGAGACAAAUAUAUUCUCUGUGAUGCACAAACCCAAGAACUCACUCUUACCAUCCUGUUUCCACUGAAGACAGAAGAAAAUAAAAAGAAUGCUAGCAAGGCAAUAGCAUUUGCCCAAAUCUGCCUCCUGCAGCUGGGAGAAGGGUGUCAAAGCAAGGAUCUUUCGCCCUCAGAAAGAGAGCUCUGACGCCAGUGGCAAUGGACUAUUUAAGCCCUAACUCAGCCAACCUUCCUUAAGGCAAUUAGGGAGCAGUGUCUGUAUAGACAAAGCGGGGCGGUGGGGGGGGGCAUCAUCUGUCCUUAUAGCUCAUUAGGAAGAGAAACAGUGUUGUCAGGAUCGUCUCACUCCCUUCUCCUUGAUAACAGCUACCAUGACAACCUUGUGGUUUCCAAGGAGCUGAGAAUAGAAGGGAACUAGCUUAUAUGAAAUAAGACUGUGACCUAAGGAGCAUCAGUUGGUGGAUGCUAAAGGUGUAAUUUGAAAUGGCCCUCCAGUAGAUGCAAGAUACUUAACUCUUUGGAUAGCACGUCUUCUUCCCCCACCCCCAUCAGUUAGUUGUGUCCUCUGGCCUCUGGCAUAAUAUCUUCACAAUGGUGCUCUUUUCCUGGGGCUUUAUCCAGUCACUCAUAGCAGGUGAUUAGACGAUCUUGAUUAGUUUCAGAAUGAUUUGUGUUUCAUUUUUUCCAAUUGUUUAUCUCUUGUUCGGAGUUGUAUCAGAAAGACCUGGAGGAUGAAUCUUUGAGCAUAGUCCUUUUUGAAAAAAAAAGAAAGAAAAACUGGACAGAAAGCAUCAUAAAAAUAUUUGAAAUUGUAUGGUCCCAUGAAAUUAUUGGGAAUUCCCCCAGGUAUUCUACCAUUUGUAGAACUAGGCUUCGUAAAUUUGAACCUCAAUUUGAAUAACUGGUCUGGUAUUUUCUUUUCUAAUAAAUGACAGAUGAUUUUACUUGCUAAUAUUAUCUCAGCAUUUUGAGAAUUUAGGCUUACCAUAGAGGUUAUUGUCUCUUGGUAUAUCUAUAUAGAUCGCAUAAUAGAUUAUGCCAGCUGUUAGCUGUUCAGAUGGUAAGCUUCCAUAGAGCUCUGGAGACAGAGAGGACAGACAGAAUUUGAAACCUAAAGAACUCCCAGAUUUCAGGCUUAUCCUUUGGGUCAAUGAAAGGAAAGAAAGAAAGAAAGAAAGAAAGAAAGAAAGAAAGAAAGAAAGAAAGAAAGAAAGAAAGAAAGAAAGAGGAAGGAAAAGCCUCGGAUCUGUCUUUCCUGAAGGAAAAGUUAUUGUAGAUGUUUCAUUGUGGAUUUGUGCUGUCAUUCCCCAAAGUGCUUUCUGCUAUGUUGAGAUAUAAGAAUUUACAAGAAGACACUUGAGACUUGUUCUUGGGCCAGUGUAUAAGGUAAACAAGCAGGAUGCACAAGAGUGAGGAGAGCUAAAAGGACGUAUAAGAAACCAAUCAAGAUCAAGGAAGGUGAAAUAAUCUAUAUCUUUUAUUUUGUUUUGAUUUGAUAUCAUAACAGAUAACCAACCAUUCCCUGAAAACCUCACAUUCAUACACACACAAACACACACACAUACACACACAGGCACGUACAAAGAGAGUUAAUCAACUGCAAGCGUUUCCUUCAUUUCUGAUAGAGAAUUUUGGUUUUAACAACAUAAAGGAUAAACUUUUAGAAACUCAUCUUACAAAAUGUAUUUUAUAAAAUUAAAGAAAAUAAAAUUAAGAAUC